AUGGGAUCUGCUGUAGUUCAGAUGGUAUGUGUGGCCCUCGGGGUCGUGGGCCUGAUUGGGAUUGUUGUAUGCUGUGCCGUCCCGCUCUGGAGAGUGUCGGCCUUCACAGGAUCCAACAUUGUGACAGCAGAGAGAAGUCAGGAGGGCCUGUGGACCACCUGUGUGGUGCAGAGUACUGGCCAGCAGCAGUGCAAGAACUUCGAAUCCCUGCUAGAUUUGGGCGCAGACCGGCAGGCUGCCAGAGCCCUGACCAUCAUCAGCGGCAUGCUCUGCUGCCUCAGCCUGCUCGUUCUUUUCUGCGGAGCCGACUUUACCACCUGUGUGGAAAACGAAGACGUCAAGCCCAAGAUCAGCCUGGUGGCCGGGGUGGGCAUGCUGCUGGCUGGCAUCCUGGUAAUCAUCCCUGUCAGCUGGUUUGCACACAAUACCGUGAGGGACUUCUACACCCCCCUGUUGAGUUCUUCCCCAAGAAUGGAGCUGGGAGCAUGCAUCUUUGUAGGCUGGGCUGCAGGUGUGCUGCUCAUCAUAGCUGGAGGUCUGCUCUGCUGCUUCAGCAGGCCCAAGCAAGGCAACUCAGGAGGAAAAGCCAAGUAUUACAGCAACAGUGCCUCAGCCCCAAACAAAAACUAUGUGUAG